AUGGAAUGGACGUUGAAAGAGUGGACAAGUGAGAGACACACAUGGGAUGAGAAUGGGAUGCGUCCGAGUGGAUUUCAAAUACCCCCACUAAGUAGCUAUUUUCUGUUUGUGGUGAAAAACUACCCAGUUGGAAGCAGCAGAGUGAUUCUUGGUUGCUUCUUCUUCUUCAUUACUCUCUAG